AUGUCCAAAUCAACAAAUAAGAAAAUGCAGGAGGAAAAAUCUUCUUUGGAGAAGCAACAAGAACAGGACGAUGAAUUAAUUGAUGAAGAAACUCGUGAUAAGAGAAAGAGGAUUGCCACCUUUCUACACAAUUUCGGUCCGAUUGUUUCCGUCAUCAUUUCCUUUGCCUUGUAUUAUGUUGUAUUUAAAAGUAAUUGGAUUGGUAGUCAAUCACAGCAGAAUGGCAAUGAAAAAACCCUUUCCCUCAUGAUAUUAAAUGCUAGAAUUUGGACAGGCGAUCGAAUGAAAUUGGAAAAUGUGCCAAAAGCAUCAAGAACAAAGGGAGAAAAGAAUAUUCCAAUCAAGUGGGCUGAAGCUCUUGCUGUCCAUAAGGAUACUGGAAGGAUUAUUGCUAUUGGAAGUAAUAGUGACAUAUUGUCACGAUUUACAACAUCAAUGGCUGAAACAGUUUUGGAUUUUAAACAAAAAUCGAGUGAUGAAGUUAAUACUCCAUUGAUAGUUCCUGGAUUUAUCGAUUCACAUGCACACGUAAUUUUGGGUGGAAAAUCAAUGCUCGGAGUUCAAUUGAGAAAUGCAAAGAGUAAGGAUGAAUUUAUUGGUGCUGUUAGGAAAUUCAUAGAGGAGAGAAGUGUCAAGGCAGGAGAAUGGAUUACAGGUGCUGAAUGGUCUGAAACUGAGUGGAAUAUUGAGGGUGGCACCAAGUUACCUAACAAGAAUUGGAUUGAUUCAUUCACAUCGAGUAAUCCUGUCUAUCUUUCCAGAAUGGAUGGUCACUCCUGUUUAGUGAAUAGUAAAGCAAUGGAAUUGGCAAAUAUUACCAAACAUACUCAAAUUACAGGUGGUUCUGUAGACUUGGAUCCAAUCACAGGUGAACCAACUGGUAUUUUGAGAGAUAGGGCUUUGGACAUUAUUCAAAAGAUUAUUCCACCAACAGAUAACGAACAGGCAGCCAAGCUUGCCAUGGAUGAAAUCUUGAGAAAUGGUAUUACCUCCGUGCACGACAUGGGUUCUGUAUUCAAUUUGGCUAGUUGGGAUCAAGUGAAAACAUUCACAAAACUUCACGAAAAGAAACAACUCAAAGUUAGAAUUUAUGCCUCUGUUGAAUUGGAAACUCAUCAAAAAUUGAAAAAGUACAUUAAGAAUCAAUAUAGUAAGCCAAAAUCAUCUCAUGUCAUUCUCAAUGAUGAAUUCGACUAUAGUUGCUGCUGGACUGAGAAAAGUGGAGGCAGAGCUGGUGAUGAAUGGUUCAAGAUUGGAGCUCUCAAAGAAUUUAUGGAUGGCUCAUUAGGUUCAAAGACAGCCUACAUGUUUGAACCAUUCGAAGGUACUGAAAAUAAUACUGGUCUAUUGGUUGUUGAUCCAGAGGUUUUCUAUCAACGUGUGAAAGAAGCUGAUGCCAAUCAUCAUCAAGUGAUUGUUCAUGCCAUUGGUGAUAAAGCAAUUUCGAUUUUAUUGGAUACCUAUGAAAGAGUCAUUAAUGAAUCCAAUGAUAAGACCAGAGAUAGAAGAUUCAGAGUUGAACAUGCACAACAAAUUAGAGAGGAAGAUAUUGAAAGAUUCAAAAAGAACAAUAUUAUUGCCUCCAUGCAACCAAUCCAUCUCAAGGAUGAUGCACUCUACGCUGAAAGUAUCAUAAGAGAAAGACAAAAACAAUUGUACAAUGUCAGAAAAUUCCUGAAUAAGGGAGUUAAGGUAGCUCUGGGAACUGAUUGGUUUGUUGCUCCUCUCGAUAUUCUCGAUAAUAUCCAUGCAGCUGUCACUAGAAAGCCAUGUCUUUCACCAUUACACGUUGAAAGAAGAAAUGAAGCAAAGAAUCCAAAGAAUUGUAAACCAUUCCUUCCAGAAGAAAAGAUUUCGAUUGAGGAAACACUCAUUGCCUAUACUCAAAAUUCUGCCUAUGCAGGUUUUACUGAACAUGAAGUGGGAACCUUAAAGAAGGGAUAUCUUGGUGAUAUUACCAUACUUUCGAGAAAUAUUUUGGAAUUGGACGAAACAGACGAAAGUGCAUUAGAUUCCAUUACACGCGAAACUAAAAUUUUGAUGACCAUUGUUGGAGGUAAAGUCAUGUAUCAAAACAAUGAAGAAUCCCUUCAAAAACUCUUCGUUAAAAAGUAAAUACAUUUUAAAUAAU